CACUGAGCCACCUUGCAUCACAACAAACGCUGCGAGACGAAAACAGCAGACGAGGGACUUGGGUCUGAUCUGCUGUGUUAGCACAAUAACAACUUCCACUCUGAAGUUUCUCAAUGUCACGUCGAUUCGUGAAGUCGGAGAAGUAGUGGAAUGAACAGAGUCCAGUCUGCCUGCGCGAGCAGCCCGAAAAACAUCGCCGUGGGACGAGAGCGGUUCUUCUUCAACUGUUAUCCUCCACAGUAGACAUGGCUCAGCCUGCAGAGAAGGAUUAUUAUCGCUUUCUGGUGCUGUUCUUCAACUGCCUGUUGACGUUUGGGUCCUACUUCUGCUUCGACAUCCCCAGUGUUUUACAAGAUCAGUUUCAAGGGAACCUGACUUGCUCCAACACAACGGUGAUCAAUGGGACCGUGGACUGUGUGGUGGGCUUGGGUAUGACCCCUCAGGAGUACAAUCUGCUCUAUGCCAUCUACGCAUGGACGAAUGCAGUAGUGGUGAUUCUAGCCGGAUUCCUGAUUGACAAGUUGGGAAAUCGAUUUGGGGUCUUCCUGUUCUCCUUCUUGUGCGUUUUGGGCUCAUCCUUGUUUGCGCUUGGCUCGCACUUCAGAGGAAGCCCAUACCUGCUACCUCUCAUGCUGACAGGGCGACUUCUGUUCGGAUCAGGCAAUGGCUCGCUCACCAUUGUUCAGAACAGAAUCACGUCCUUCUGGUUCAAAGGAAAGGAACUGGCCCUGGCCUUCGGUGUGACCCUGGCAUUCUCCCGCUUGGGCUCAGUGUUAAACUUCUUCCUCACUCAGAAGUUUGAAGAAAGGUUUGGCAUGCAGUGGACACUCUGGGGUGGUGUCAUUUUGUGUGUGAUGAGCUUCACUUCUGCAAUAAUCGUCAGCACAUUGGACAAAGUUGGAAUGAAGCAACUGGGUCUCGAUGGUGCCAUUCAAGAGGGCUCUCGUAAAGUGAGAAUUCAGGAUGUGAAGCUGCUGUCGAUGAGAUACUGGCUGCUGGUUUUCACCAUCAUGUUCUUUUAUAAUGGCAUCUUCCCCUUCAUUGCUGAUGCCAGCAAAUUCAUCCAAGACAAGUAUGAUGGUUACUCCCAGAAGGAGGCGUCCUACAUCACAGGGGCUGUCUACGACUGCUCCCUUGUCCUCUCAGCCAGCGUCGGCAUUCUCAUUGACUAUGUUGGCAUGCGUGGGGUGUUUGCCGUGGCCUGCGCCGUACUGACACUGCCUGUCUUCGGUCUCCUGGCCUUCACCUUUGUCCCUCCUCUUGUGUCUACUAUUUGGCUUGGCAUUACCUACUCCUUUGCUGCUGCGAGCAUGUGGCCGUCCAUCCCUCUUGUCGUGCCUCAAGCGACCAUUGGAACUGCCAUGGGUCUUGCUACCUCUGUCCAGAUGAUCGGCAUUGGCGUGUCCAAUCUGAUAGUUGGUCAGAUUUUAGGGACUAAAAACAAUGAGAGUAAGAUUCCACUCUGGCGUUGGCAAAGGAUGAUGAUCUUCAUGUUGGUGAACACCAUCUGCUGCAUUGUCACAUCUAUAGUGCUCAAUAUAGUGGACCACAGACAGGGCGGGACCCUGAACAAGACCACCAAACGCUCGCAACAAGCGGAGGCCGACUCCGACAGAGAGCCUCUGAACCCCGGAGCGAUAGAACCAAAUGAGGACGAUGAUGGUGUGGCUGUUGGUCCUCGUUCCAUUAAUUCAUAGGGAUUCUUUUUUAUUUUUAUAUAUUUUUGCAACAUUUGUCACCACACCACACCAACAACAGUUUAUGUGGUGUUUUCAAAACACUAUCUAAGAGCAGAUACAUCCACAUUUUACAGGAUUUUUUAGGGAAUGAUUGUUGUUUGUUGUCUGGACUCUGUUGAUUUAUGUAUGUUUGAUACUUGGAUUAAUUCUGUUUACAAACCAUUUAAAUUGUGUCAUGACUAAUCGUUUUCCUUCAUGAGAGCAAAAUCAAAAGUGUAUGGCGGCAGAGCAACAAGCAGCGAACUCUUUGAUGUGACCUUAAUUUAGCUCAGUGACUUUGUGAACCCUGAAGAAAGCUGUUCUGAUCCCUUCUUUUGAGGUAGCUGUGAGUGUACUGCCUUCAGAGGGAAAGAUUUUUUUUUAAAUGUUUUGUCCUCACCAUCUUUCUUUGUUCCUUCUGCAAGCUUCCUUUUCAAUAUCUUUUAUGUCUGUUUUAAAUUUGUUUUAUGACCUCUGUCUCCUGUGACUUCAUGAGGAUACUAAAGUCAACUUGACUCUUAAAUUCCAUUGUGCCAACUGGAUUGUAUAUAUAUAUAUAUAUAUAUAUAUAUAUAUAUAUAUAUAUAUAUAUAUAUAUAUAUAUAUAUAUAUAUAUGAUGUGCUGGUGAUUAUUACGCUCCACCUUGUAUCUUCUGUAUCUUUUAAAAUGGGAAAACCUUCAUGGCUGCCAAUACCUCAAGGGAAUUUGAUUUUAGUAAUUCGAUUGUGAAUGAUGACUAAUUGAUAUGUUGCUAUUCUGGAGUGUUUACUGAGAUUAGUUGGCCUGGGACUCUAUUGUAUUGCUCAGUGGACUCUCUUUAAACUGCAUCUUUUUUUAAUGGCUUUGAACAUGUAAGCUGGCAGUAAAGCUUUGACUGGUCUAUGACCGUCACCCUUUUCAAAAUGUCUCUUUCUCGGUUCGUGUCUUCAACUGAACUCUCACUUUAAUGAACCGCUUGUGAUGUACCGUCUGUUCUGUGCAUUAUUCAAACAGCUCAGUAACUGAGGCCUUCUAGCUACCUGAACAUAUUUGAUAUUGAAAGAGUGUUUCUCCUCUUUGGCCAGUAGGUUGUGACACCGAUGCAGGAGCAGACUUUGUACUGAAAGUAGAUCCAAAUUGAGCCAGAUCUCCACCUGGUCCUAUUAUGCUGCAACAUUAAAGUAAGUGGUCCAUUGGUAGCCACAGGUCUUCUGUAAAUCCCAACAAUCCCCAAACAGCUCUUCUCUGUUGUACUCCUACUAGAACUACCUCGAGCUGCAUUCAC